UUUCCGUCGUCGGUUCCUUCCGCAAGUGCUAAAAUAAUCUGAUGCCCCAGAGCGAGUAGGCAGCGCGCGGCAGCGGCAACUGCUGUCCAGGAGGCCGGGGCCCCCGGAGACGAUGCGCCCCGCCGAGUCGCCUGGGCUUGCGGGAGCCGGGAGUAUUUCGUGCGUGGGCUCACCGCCGGGCACCGCCAGGCUUCUCGAGUCCCACAGGGAUGCGGCAUUUCUACCGAUCUGGCCAACCGUGAGGGGCCCCUGCGAGUUGUUGCUCCGUCGUGCCUUCUCAAAGAAACCGUGUUGGAGAGGAGGUGUUUUCAUUCCCACUCCAGGAUAAAAGGAGCCGCGGUUCAUCUCUGUGAGGGAUCCUGGGAACCCACUGCCAGCCACAGUGAGACACAUAAGAGCCAGUUGCUAUCUCUCAGUGGGAACACGUUUGCUGUUUUGAAGAUCUGUGGCUAGAUGCAUUCUGUAGCCGUGGACUGGAUAAAGUAAGCUGACCUCCGUGGGUUUGGAUGGGCUGGCCUGGCCCUGACCACACGGGCAGUUGAUUUACUUACCUGUGGCCCUGGGGAAAUGGAGUCUGAGUAGGUAGCAAGCGCUUGAAACAGUUGCUGGAUCUAGGAAGAGCUCAGUGAAGUGCCGCGCUUGAGAUGGAGUUCCUGCCCUUUUGGCUCUGCCUGGGUUUUCCCUUCUUGGCUGUGGAAUGGAGGCAUGGAGGAGGGGCAGCUGCUGCAGCUUCCCAAGGAGGCUGCAAGGUGGUGGAUGGAGUCGCUGACUGCCGGGGACAGAACCUUGCCUCGGUACCCAGAAGCCUCCCAUCACAUCCCCGGAUGCUCAUUCUGGAUGCCAACCCUCUCAAGGUCCUGUGGAAUCAUUCCCUCCGGGCCUACCCACGCCUGGAGAACCUCAGCAUGCACAGCUGUCACCUGGACCGUAUUGGCCACGACGCCUUCCAAGGGCAGGGCCGCUUACGCAGCCUGGGCCUGGCAGACAACCGCCUCUCCGAGAACUACAAGGAGACGGCGGCAGCCCUCCACACCCUGUUAGGACUCCGGAGCCUGGACUUGUCCAGAAACUCCCUGACGGAAGACAUGGCAGCCCUCAUGCUCCAGAACCUGUCCUCGCUGGAGGCUGUGUCUUUGGCAAGGAAUGCCCUCAUGAGGCUCGAUGAGUCUGUCUUUGAGGGCCUGGAGCACCUCAGGGAGCUGGAUUUGCAGAGAAACUAUAUCUUCGAGAUUGAGGGUGGUGCUUUCGACGGCCUGACUGAGCUGAGGCGUCUCAACCUUGCCUACAACAACCUCCCGUGCAUUGUGGACUUCAGGCUCCCGCAGUUGCGGUUCCUCAACGUCAGUUACAACAUCCUGGAGUGGUUCCUGGCAGCCAGGGAGGAGGCGGCCUUUGAACUGGAGGUCCUGGACCUGUCUCACAACCAGCUGCUCUUUUUCCCUCUCCUGCCCCAGUGCGGCAAGCUGCACACCCUCCUGCUACGGGACAACAACAUGGGUUUCUACAGGGACCUCUAUAACGCCUCCUCACCGCAGGAGAUGGUAGCCCAGUUCCUUCUUGUGGAUGGCAACGUGACCAACAUCACCACGGUCAACCUCUGGGAAGAGUUUGCCUCCAGCGACCUGUCGGCCCUUCGCUUCCUGGACAUGAGCCAAAACCAGUUCUGGCACCUGCCGGACGGCUUCCUAAAGAAAACCCCAUCCCUUUCCCACCUGAACCUCAACCAAAAUUGCCUGAAGAUGCUCCACAUUCGGGAGCAUGAGCCCCCCGGGGCACUCACUGAGCUAGAUCUGAGCCACAACCAGCUGGCCGAGCUGCGCCUCGCUCCGGGGCUCACCGACUGCCUCAGGAACCUCCAGGUGUUCAACCUGAGCUCCAACCAGCUCCUGGGAGUCCCCUCUGGCCUUUUCGACAAUGCCAGCCACAUCACUACAAUUGACAUGAGCCACAAUCAGAUCUCACUCUGUCCCCAGGUGGUGCCCUUAGACUGGGCGGGGCCCUCCAGUUGUGUGGAUUUCAGAAACAUGGCCUCCCUGAGGAGCCUGUCUCUGGAGGGCUGUGGCCUGAAGGCAUUACGAGACUGCCCAUUCCAGGGUACCUCCCUCACUCAUUUAGACCUGUCUAGCAACUGGGGGGUUCUGAAUGGAAGCAUCAGCCCUCUCUGGGCUGUUGCCCCCACGUUGCAGGUCCUGGCGCUCAGGAAUGUGGGCCUCAGUUCCGGCACGGCAGAGAUGGACUUCUCUAGGUUUGGGAGUCUGAGGGAGCUGGAUCUUUCAGGGAAUUCCUUGACCAGCUUCCCAAGGUUCAGCGGCAGCCUGGCCCUUCGGACUCUUGACCUCCGCAGAAACUUCCUCACAGCCCUUCCUCAGAGGGCUGUGUCUGAGCGGCCACUGAGGAGUCUGCAGGCCAUCUACCUCAGCCAGAACCCUUACGAUUGCUGCGGGGUAGAGGGAUGGGGUGCCCUGCAGCACUUCAAGACCGUGGCGGACUUGGCCAUGGUCACUUGCAACCUCUCUUCCAGGAUCAUCCGCGUGGUCGAGCUGCCCGAAGGCGUGCCCCGGGACUGUAAGUGGGGGCAGGUGGACACUGGCCUGUUCUACCUCGUCCUCAUUCUGCCCAGCUGCCUCACCCUGCUGGUGGCCUGCACCAUCAUCUUCCUCACUUUUAAGAAGCCUUUGCUUCAGGUCAUCAAGAGUCGGUGCCACUGGUCGUCCAUAUACUGACCUACGUGCCAGGCUGGAAAUUUGAUCUGUGCACGUAAGGAUGCUUUUCUGUGACGGGUCGUCACAUCUGCAGCGGCCGGGUGUGACGCAUCGAAGGUUAAAUUAAAAUUUAAAAAAUUUCCAUCUUCAGUCCCAUUAAGUUCUUCUCCCACCCUUGUGAUUUAUCCUCAUCAUCCUGGUGAAAUAUUUAUUAAGUGACAUUCUGUUAGAAUAAAAGGCGCAGCUCAUAAAUAUAUAUAUUUUUUAAAUCAAA